AUUUUUCGAGCCGCUCGCUGUCGCGUGAAUGGGAUAGAAUUAUAAUCCUGAGAGAAGAAAAGAUGAUUUAGACUCAUAAACAAGUCUCUUUCGAUUAUUUUAAGAAUUUAUACAUGACUUUGGCAUUCGGUCAAUGGGACGCGAUACUCAUUGUGACAAUAAACGUGGCCGAACGAUUGCGAUCAUUGGGUACAAAUAUUUUUGAUUUGAUCAACCGCAGAGGAUACAUUACGAACGACAUUUCUUAAUAAGAUCGAAUCAGUUAUGGCGAAUGAAAAAACAAUUUUCGAACGUUUUCAGAUUUUUAUGGAGGACGAAAUGGGACCGGGCAAACUGAUUACCUAUGGGAUCGCUAGCUCCGGUUUAUUGGUUGCUCUAUACAGGAUUAGACCUUUUACAAAGUUUAAGAAACCGUCCGAUGUCCCAUCUCAUUUCGUGCAAUCACGAGUUCCACUCCAAGGCACUGUAAUGCGUGUGGAACCAAGUCAUGGCGCUCUACUAAUGGUCAAUCAUCAACCCUUAUUGCCUUUUCUUAAUUUUAAUAAUAAGAAUUAUUUGCCUGUAAAGAUUAGUGGUGUUAACAUUAUGGGUAAUGGUAUAAAUUGGUUACAAUGUGUAGUCAGUGGAAAACAUAUAACGUUUAUACCUAUUGUCAAAGAAAAAGAAUAUCUGGAAUGUAUAGUUGCAAUGUCACAGAAAGAUCAAGGUUCAUUAAAGAUUGGCGAGGAGUUAAUCAAAUUAGGUCUAGGUACAAUACAUGAACCUUGGAUAAAAUUAAAUGAUAAAUCCAUACUAGCAUACAAAAAAUCUUUAACAAGUGCACAAAAAUGGGCAGUACGUAGAAGAAAUGGAUAUUGGCAUUUUAUCAAACAACCAACAAUUCUGUGGAAAAUGCAAAUGUUUUUAAUUGAUAAAAUGAAGAUGUUAUUACCUACUUACAUAGUAAGAUGGCUUGAUCUUUAAAAGUGUUGGUUUUUGAUAAUAAAUGUAUAUAUAUAUUUUUCAUCAUAGGUAUAUAUUUCAAUACUCCAAUUUUUUUGAAAGAGAAUAUUGUGUGUAUACUUGUGUAUACUUUUUUUUAUAAUAAAAGUUAUUAUUUUAAU